CACCUGAGGAACUUUCAGUAAACCCCUGACUCACACUUCAGUCUCUCUCUCCCUCACUCUCUCAGCACAGCUGGAUUGAACAGAAGGAUCACUGGCUUGAGGAGGACCAGAAUCUGCUAGCUCCGCACACAGCCAGAGAGAGCGGAGAGAGGGAACGAGAGAGAGCGUGCGCUCAACUAUCAGGUCGUCCAGCUCGUAAAAUCUGUUGUGUUCUGACAACGAGAACAGAGAAGAGCAAGAAGACUUCACUUAACAGACACAACACACUCUGCGCCUUCAGAAAUGCACGAAUUAUGGGAACAUUUCAUUGUUACACCUUGCAUUUUCUAUUUUUCAGGCUUUUUGGUGAAAGUAAAAGAGUAGCAGGAAGACUUCAGGAGUGUUUUCAAAGAGGACAGAAUGAAACAAACCUCUGGACCCAAUCGCUGGAUCAAAGAUGCUAUGAAGAAAAGAAGGAUACAUGACCUCUAACCGAACUUGGGAGGUAACAAACUUUUGUCUUUGAGAGUCUAGCAGCGUUAAUAAGAGACAUUAUGAACUUGCAUGCCAACAUUUCAAAACCUGUGCCUAAAAGCGUCUUCACCUCUUUGAACCUCAUGCCCUUUGACCCUGACAACUGGACACCGAGUCCGGACAUCAUGCUGGGUAAUGUGGUUCUUAACAGUUCGUUUGGCUGUAACAGAAGUUGGGCUGACACUGAAGCAUCUCUCAUUCCCAAUUUAUCCAUCAGCAGCGCUUCCAGUGAAAAAACAGAACCGCUGUCAUGGCAAAGGUGCAACGGUGAGACGAGCAAAGAGGAGUUAUUUCGGAAAAACUGGGCUGCACUACUGAUUUUGGUUGUGGUCAUUAUUACGGUUACCGGGAAUAUUUUAGUAAUAUUGGCUGUCAAUCUGGAACGAAAACUGCAAAAUGCCACCAAUUACUUUCUCAUGUCACUGGCAGUGGCAGAUAUGCUUCUGGGACUUCUGGUCAUGCCUGUCUCCAUGGUGACCAUUGUGUAUGGUUACUCCUGGCCCCUCCCUGCAUCACUGUGUCCCAUGUGGAUCUACUUGGAUGUUCUCUUUUCCACCGCCUCCAUCAUGCACCUGUGCGCUAUCUCGCUGGACCGUUAUGUGGCCAUCCGUAACCCCAUCCGACACAAUCGGUCAAACUCACGCUCCCGUGCCCGGGCCAAGAUCACAGCCGUCUGGACCAUCUCAGCAGGCAUCUCCAUGCCAAUCCCAGUGCUGGGUCUGAGCGAUCACACCAAAGUUUUCAAGGAUGGCAGCUGCCUAUUGACUGACAACUCUUUCGUGUUGAUUGGGUCCUUUGUGGCAUUCUUUGUGCCAUUGACCAUUAUGGUGGUGACCUACUUCCUGACUAUCAGCGCUCUGCAGAGUGAGGCCACUCUCUGCCUCGACCAACUGGUGCCCAGGCCCAAAUGGAGCGCAGGAUUCACUCUCAACUUCCUCCCAGGACCCUCAUUCUCGCCCUCUGAGAAAAAACUGUUCUUACGGCGCUCGUUGAGCCGUGAGGCGGGGGCAGAGUCGGGGGUUGUGAUGCCACCUUUCGGACGGCAUACGGUGCAGUCCAUCAGCAACGAGCAAAAAGCCUCCAAAGUUCUGGGCGUUGUUUUCUUCCUGUUUGUGGUCAUGUGGUGUCCAUUUUUCAUCACUAAUGUUUUAGCUGUGGUUUGCGAGCCAGUGACGUGUGAUGCCGACGUAAUGAACAGACUGUUGAAUGUGUUUGUGUGGGUCGGUUACCUUUCCUCCGCUGUUAACCCACUGGUUUACACGCUCUUCAACAAGACUUACCGCUCAGCCUUCGGCAGAUACAUCCGAUGCCAGUUUCAUGAAGAGAAGAAACCGCUACAACUAAUUCUGGUCAACACCAUUCCACCGCUGGCCUAUCAGUCCACACACCUGCCGCUCACUGGAUCAAUAGGCAACGGGGAUUUCUCUCUGCCCCUUCCCAAUAAAAACCACCAUCUGUCCAAAAGCAGCAAAAAUGAGAGUGUCAGCUGCUUGUGAAUUCACUCUCUGAACUCACAAAAUGCCAGCUGUAACCCUGGAUUUUCCUCUGGGUUUCAUGUUUGGCAUUCUCUCCGUCUUACCUCUACAGAAAUAAGCUCUGACUGGUCUAAAGUAUUAGUAUUCAAAGCCCAAAUACAUCUAUGAACGAACGGCUUCAUGGUCCAUGACUUUAUCACAGGGUACUGAUACAUCAAAAGACCUUUGUCUGAUUGGGAUCUGUCCUGACCAUAAAUGUCAGUUGAAUCAAUGGGAUAAAACUUCUCUGGUUAUAAAAAUUGUAUAUAAGUGUGAAGUCAAAAUUUCGGUUUGAUGUUAAGACUUGUAGGUUUUUUUAUGUAGCACUUUAUAUGGCAGAGAAUGAAGUCUAAAUUCAUAAGAGAUCAGCAGUGUUUUGUUUACAGGUUUUUGAAAACAAUUGUGGAUAAAAGUUGUGAUGUGACUACAGUUUUUGUACUGCGUCAACUAUUGAGAUCCCGUAGCUUCAUUUGUAUAAGCUGACUUGUGUGCUGCUGGUUUAUCAUUUUAGCAGACGUUUGUAUUCACUGAAUCCAGACACAGAAGCUCUCUUGAAGGACAAUAUACGGGUUUUUGGACCUUAUCUUUAAAAGUAUGAAACAAACAGUAUCUGUGGUCAACGAUUAAGGACCACUUUUAUUUAAAUAUUAGAAAGGGCCUUUUAAAAUUAUUCCUAUUAUAGAAUAUGAACUAAAAAAAAAAAAAAAAAAAACUGUAGAAGCCUGUUUCCACUUCAGAGUAAAAAUAAAAGCGGUAAUUGUGAGAUUAAGUUUAAAUAUAAAAUAAGUUCACAUUGUGAAAUAUAAAACUAUAAAAUGUGAUACACUAUGGUUAGGUGACUAUUUGUUUUUGAAAAUAGUAACAUUGUGAAUUAUUGUUAUAGUUUAAAAUAACUGUUUUCUAUUGUAAUGUAUUUUAAAAUGUAAUUUAUUCCUGUGGUGGCAGAGCUCAACUUUCAGUAUCCAUUACUGUAGCCUUCAGUGUCACACGAUCCUUUAGAAACUGUUCUAAUAUGCUGAUUUGGUGAUCAAGAAAUAACUUUUUAUUAUUAAUGUUGAAACAGUUGCUGUGUAAUAUUGUUGGGGAAACCGUUAAUUUUUUCAGUGUUCUUUCAUGAUAAGAAAAUGUAAAAGAACAGCAUUUGAAACAGAAAUAUUUGGUAACAUGCUAAAUGUGCUGGUCUAUUUAAUGCAUUCUUGCUGAAUAGUAUUGAUUUCUUAAAAAAAAAAAAAAAGAGUAUUCCAUUAAUUCCAUCAUGUAUUGUAGUGUAUAAAUCCACAGUUGUUACAAAAUUACAUUGUGAGAAAUAGUCACAAUUAUUUAUUUUUACUCUGAGGUGGAAAUGGGCUUCCAUAGAAACCUUCUCAAAUAAAUCUUUUGAAAAAACUACAACCCAGAUUAGAAAGCAUGCUGUUUGACCAGUAUUUUUCUGGUGGUAAACAUCAGCUAUUUUGGUCUACCAGCAGGACCAACCCCAAACUAGAAGAAACCAGCAUAAACCAGACUGGCACAGCAUGAAAAGUCUAAGCUUUUCAAUUUAAACCAGAACUAAGUGUCUGCUUUUCACCGUGUCAUUUGAACCUGUCAAAAACUUUUUAUGAGACCUUUUGAAGUUGCACAUAUUGUUCAGAUAGUGGCAGUAUUCAAACCCAACACUUACAUUUGUCAGAUUUGAAGCUCUUUGAAAACAUGGUUUUAAGAACACCUGUAAGUUUUUGGUUUUGAAAAUGUACCUCUGGAUUCAGGGUUCUAUGGCAACACGAAGGGUUCAGAUCUCAGCACCUUGUGAAAACCUCUGAUCUGUUUUCUGAUUCUGUUUCCAGUGUCUGAAUUGACAGCGGUGUUAUUGUUGUUGUUAUGGUGAUGGUCAUAAACUUGUUUGCAGACAUUGAAUGAGUCAUUCGUUUCAUCUUUCUGAGUGGAUAAUUGUGCCA